CUAAGCCACAUUGACUCAGAGUUGGUCCCUCACACCUGUUUUCCAGCUGCAUUGAGAUAAUGACAUGCAGAAAUCCUCUGGUCUUUGAUUGAUUUUUAAGCCUUGAAUAAACAGAAAUGGUUUUUUGGUUUUGCUACCUCAGCGUUUCAGCUUAUUUAAGAAGUUGCCGUGGCUUCAUGGAUGGAAAGACAGAGAAGAAAUCUGAGGCUAGCGUCACUGUGCAUGAGCAUGAAGACUUUGAGCUCUAUCCUAACCUCACCUGCGCUCAUGUUGCUGCUGGCAGGCGGCUGCACCAGCGCCUACAAACAUGUCCUCAUCGUGCAUGGGAUCUUAAGUGGACCAGAAACUCUGCAACAAACGCUCUCUAGGUUCAUACAGAUGGCGCAUCCAGGCACCAAGGUGACGGUGAUUGAUCUGUUCAACGAUAGAGACAGCACCAAGCCCCUGUGGCUGCAGGUCCAAGGCUUUGGGAAGGUCAUCCAAAGGAUCACGAGGAAGUCUCCGGAGGGUGUUCAUCUUCUGUGUUUCUCUCAAGGGGGUCCAAUUUGCAGAGGAGUUCUUUCCGUGCUCCCGAACCACAAUGUGCACACUUUCAUUGCGCUUUCGUCGCCACUCGCUGGACAAUAUGGAGCGCCUAAAUACUACAAAUAUAUUCCAUCUCCUGCAAGAGGUUCAGUCCACUUGUUUUGCUACAACAGAAUUGCACAGAACCAAGUUUCUGUUUGCAACUAUUGGAAUGAUCCUCACCAACAGUUCAGAUACCUGAAACACAACAACUACCUUCCACUGUUGAAUGGUGAAAAAGUGCACAGCCGAACGGCAGUGUGGAGAAAUAACUUCCUGCGCAUCAGGAAGCUGGUGCUGAUUGGAGGACCAGAUGAUGAAAUCAUCACUCCGUGGCAAUCAAGCCAAUUUGGAUUCUACAACAGCCAAGAAGCUAUUAUUGAUAUGAGGCAACAGACGUUUUACACACAAGACUCGUUUGGUUUGAAGACGCUGGACGCUCGCGGCGACAUAAUCGAGUGCAUCCAGUCUGGGGUCAAACACUCUGAGUGGCAGUCUAACCUGAGAGUCUUUAAUAGAUGCAUUAGAAAAUGGCUUGACUGAAGAUGAGAUAACUCUGGUUUAGAAACAAAAGUUCUUAGUGUGCGCUUUAUGAAAAAACAACAACAAAAACAACUAUAACAGCUUGGGUUCUAACUUGUAUGUUUUUGUGUUGAAAUGUGGGACUGCAAAAAAAUUCCAUCUUUUUUCAUGUUUCCUUCUUUAUCUUUAUGUGAUCACAAUGCAUUAUCUUGGGAAAGAAAAAGAAGCAAUGAAAGAAAAAUAGUUCAAACAGAUCACAUCUAGCAAUCCUUAUCUUGCACCACUAGA